AUCUGGGCCCGUCACCCUGACUCUUUCCAAUUUCCAUCCGAAGAGAAUUAUACUCGAAAUUUGGUAUCUCCACUCCAUCUUCAAUUAUUCGCUUGUUUUAUCCGUAUACUCCAAACAUAUUCAAGAUUCGUGUUAAAUCCUGAAUCUAAACCUCUAUAUGCUCGUUGUGUGAUCAAUCGACGGUUUAUUUUCAAUAUCUUGUUUGGACUGAAACCCUAAUUCAAUGACGACAUGAGAUAAUUAUAAUGGGAGACAUAAAAGAGCGUCUUCUACCAAAACCAGCAUCAGCAGUGACUUUAGGAGAUGCAUCAUACAGGCCAUUUGCAUCUUUCCGGCAGCCGUUUCAAGGCGUUGAUGUAUCGGGCUUGAAAAAGCGCGGUCAAGGUCUUCGGUCAUGGAUCCGUGUCGAUGCUUCAACUGGCGAUUCACAAAUUAUCGAGGUUGAUAAGUUCACGGUGAUGAGACGGUGUGAUCUUCCGGCUCGUGAUCUUCGUUUACUUGAUCCGUUGUUCGUUUAUCCCUCGACGAUUUUGGGCAGAGAGAAGGCUAUAGUUGUGAAUUUGGAGCAGAUUCGGUGUAUUAUAACAGCGGAUGAAGUGUUGCUUUUGAAUUCUCUUGAUAGUUAUGUGUUGCAGUAUGUUGUGGAACUGCAGAGGCGGUUGAAAGCUACGGGUGCGGGUGAUGUUUGGCAGUCGGAGAGUAGGGAUUUUGCGGACGUGUCUAGGAACUCAUCGUCGGAUUAUCUGCCUUUUGAGUUUAAGGCUUUAGAAAUCGCUCUUGAAGCUGCUUGUACGUUUCUUGACUCACAGGCAGCAGAAUUAGAAAUCGAAGCGUAUCCGUUGCUAGAUGAACUUACGUCGACAAUCAGUACUUUAAACUUGGAACGCGUUCGUAGACUGAAAAGCAGACUUGUUGGAUUGACUCGCAGGGUCCAAAAGGUAAGAGAUGAGAUAGAGCAACUUAUGGAUGAUGACGGAGAUAUGGCUGAAAUGUACCUAACGGAUAAGAAACUGAGGAUGGAUUCUAUAUACUACGGUGGAGAUCAAUCUGUGACGGGAUACAGGUCAAACGAUGGUCUACAAUCUGCUUCAGCUCCAGUAUCUCCGGUUUCUUCACCGCCAGAAUAUCGAAAGCUUGAAAAAUCUAUUAGCUUUGCGAGGAGCAGGCAUGAUAGCAUGAGGAGUUCCGAAAGUAGCAAGCAAAACAUUGAGGAGAUGGAGAUGCUUUUGGAAGCUUAUUUUGUUGUUAUCGACAGCACUCUUAAUAAGUUGACCUCGCUGAAGGAAUAUAUUGAUGAUACAGAAGACUUCAUCAACAUUCAACUGGAUAAUGUGAGGAACCAGCUUAUACAGUUUGAAUUACUACUGACAACUGCGACAUUUGUGGUUGCCAUCUGUGGGGUGGUUGCGGGGGUAUUUGGCAUGAAUUUCCCGAUAACAUUGUUUGAUAACCCUACAGCUUUCGAUUGGGUAUUGUUCAUUACGGGAGUCACUGGGCUCGUUAUAUUCUGUUCAUUUUUGUGGUUUUACAAGUCCAGAAGAGUGAUGCCAUUUUAGAAUAUGACAAAAUGCUCAGCUUGUAAUCUUGUAUCACCAUACCAACUUGUGGUUUGUCGAAUUUGAGACGCUUAAAUAGUUUCAUCUGAAAUGUACAUAUUCACAAAAGUUAAAAUUA